AUGGCGACGCACUCCGUCCAUCGGGAAUCCUCCGGCGACCGUCUAAAUCGCGCCAAAGGAAACCGACCUUCUCCUCCUUUGAGCCCUGGGGAUCUCAUCAGCGCCUUGCCGGACGCCGUGAUCCACCACAUCUUCUCGUUUCUGCCCCUCAAAGACGUCAUCAAGACCAGCGUCCUCUCCAAGCGCUGGCGUUGCACUUGGACGUCCACCACCCACCUCGCAUUCAAUGAAGUCCGGCCUCGCAAUCACGACGCCUUCUACUUCGACUUCCCAUCCCUCGUCGACAGCGUCCUGAGGCAGUGCACCUCACCCACGGUGAAGAAAUUCCACGUCACCGACUUACAGUACGAUGAGACCGACCGCCCCAAGGUUGACCGCUGGCUCCACUUUGCAGCGGGGCGCCGGGUGGAGGAUCUUUGCCUGUUUCUCAUCACCGAGAGGUGGUCUAUGUAUAUUCUGCCACCGUCCUUGUAUUGCUGGAGCUGGUUGGUGCGCCUCGAAGUCAGUUUGUGCCGUUUCUCGUGGGACCUGACUGUCAGCUGGCCUUGUCUUAAGGUCUUGUCUAUGGAAUAUGCGGAGUUGAGUGAUGAUUUCCUCCGGCGAAUCUUGAGGGGAAGUCCUGUUUUAGAGUCCCUCGAGCUGCGGCAGUGUUGGCGCAUAAAGAACGUUAUAAUAGAUUCAACAAGUGUGAAAGACUUGCUACUCAUUGGUGCCGAUAACUUUCUGCUGGAGAAAAUUUGGGCCCCGCAUUUGCUGUCAUUGCGUGUAUCAGGGAUGUGGAAGCGCCGUAUAUUCACACUUGAUGAUGUAUCUUCUUUGGUUAAAGCUGACUUAGUUUUUUCCAUUCGAACUUUUUCGCCGGGUGAUAAGAGCAUGUGUUAUGACGUCAUGAAAGAACUUUUUGAGAAGGUGCACAGAGUUCCUAUUAUCACCAUUGGUGGCUGGUGUUUGAAGGUUCUGUCCUUUUUCGAGAUGAAAGGAGUGCCAUCUCCAUUGUCAAAAUGUCAGAAUCUAACACUACACACACCAAUUACUCAAAGGGACCUUCCCGGGAUAGCAUACAUGCUGGGAAGUUCAGAGUUCCUGGAAAAAUUAACCAUACACCUAAAUGGCUUACAUGUAUUCAAGUAUAUGCUUGACAAAGAAUGGAAAGACCAUUUUAACUAUGAUGAAGAAGAUUUUUUAUUUUCACGGAAGGGGAAUUUUCAAUGUUUGGAGAAACAUCUCAAGAGCAUUGAGAUCAUCGGUUUCAAAGCUAAUAGUUUUGGAUCGAAACAUCUGCACGCCCUUAUUAAGUUUCUUCUUGGGGAUACACUUGUGCUGGAGAAGAUGAUUAUCAAGGCUGAUUUGCACUCACGAAAGGGACAGAAAAAUCAUCAAGCUGCUGUUCUUUCGAAACUAUUUGGUGUCAGCCGAAAUGUGCUCAGCUAUCAAAGAGCUUCCAAAAAUGCUGAAGUUAUCUUCGAUUAUCCUUUCUAA